UCUGCCAACCCCGCAGACGCUCCGGGCCCCAGCCCCUGGUCCAGCUAUGGCUCCUGGGGCUCCCUCGUCCAGCUCCAGUCCUGUCCUGGCUGUGCUGCUCUUCUCUUCUUUGGUGCUGCCCCCCGCCCAGGCCAUCGUGGUUUACACGGACAGGGAGGUCCACGGCGCCGUGGGCUCCCGGGUGACACUGCACUGCUCCUUCUGGUCCAGCGAGUGGGUCUCGGAUGACCUCUCCUUUACCUGGCGCUACCAGCCCGAAGGCGGCCGCGAUGCCAUCUCGAUCUUCCACUAUGCCAAGGGACAACCCUACAUUGACGAGGUGGGGACCUUCAAAGAGCGCAUCCAGUGGGUAGGGGACCCUCGCUGGAAGGAUGGCUCUAUUGUCAUACACAACCUGGACUACAGUGACAACGGCACUUUCACCUGCGAUGUCAAAAACCCACCAGACAUAGUGGGCAAGACUUCUCAGGUCACACUCUACGUCUUUGAGAAAGUGCCAACUAGGUACGGGGUGGUACUGGGAGCCGUGAUCGGGGGUGUCAUCGGGGUGGUGCUCCUGCUGCUGUUGCUGUUCUAUCUGAUUCGGUACUGCUGGCUGCGCAGACAGGCGGCCCUGCAGAGGAGGCUCAGUGCCAUGGAGAAGGGGAAAUUGCACAAGGCCGGCAAGGACACGUCUAAGCGCGGCCGCCAGACGCCAGUGCUGUAUGCCAUGCUGGAUCACAGCAGAAGCACCAAGGCUGCCAGCGAAAAGAAGUCCAAGGGGCUGGGGGAGUCUCGCAAGGAUAAGAAAUAGCGGUUAGCGGGCCGGGCGGGGGGUCGGGGGCCAGGGGCGGAGCCCAGCAAGGGCUCCCAGGUGGUGGUCAUUGAGAUGGAGCUACGAAAGGACGAGCAGGGCUCGGAACUCCGGCCUGCGGUCAAGUCCCCCAGCAGGACCAGCCUCAAGAACGCCCUCAAGAACAUGAUGGGUCUGGACUCAGACAAGUGACCACCCCCAGGCCCGCCAGAGCCGGGACCUAGGCUCAGUCACCCGGCGAGGUGCUCCCCUCCUUAGCCCCAGCCCCGCCCUGCCCUCAGCGCCCAGAGAUGUAAGUUUCAUUCCAAGGUUCAUUGCCAGACGCUUCCUGCCCGCCCCCCUUGGCUCCGCCUUACGGGAGCCCAGGGCUGACCCUACCUACCCUCCCCGGCCCCAAGGACUGUGUGUUUGGUGCCUGUCCCUCCGGCACCGAGAAGAAAGGGACCUUGAUACCCCGCGCCUCAGCCCCAGGCCACCUGGCCACGCCAUCCCUUGCACCGCGCUGCCUGUCCCCUGUCCCUCCUGCUUUUCUUUCUGACCUGCCCUGUCCCUCCCCUCCAUCAGGUGGCCCGUCCCCAUACUGUGUUCUCCCGGCUAACACCCGGAUCAUCCACAUCAGACUCUCCUUCAGGGUUUAUUUAGGUUGUUAGUUAUUUUUUAUUUUUUAAUCCAUCCUUUGUUGUUUAUGUACCUGUGUCCUCCCCCCAUGACUGAGUACCAAUGACGUCAUGUGGUUUUUGCAAUCCCCCCGCCCCCCCCAUUAAAUCCUUGAUGGAGAGCCAGCCCAAGCAGAGGGGCCCCUGAUCCUCAAUCCUCAACUAUAGGAUUGAUGCCCCUGACCACUUUGGAGCAGUGUACUGAGACUCAAGGUCAUGGGGAAGGACAGACAGAGAGAGACAGAAUCCUCACAGGUCAGGGGAUCAAGGAAGGGACAAAUAAGCCUUAAGAAAUGGCUUUUAAACAACCAAACAGAAAGGAAAAACUAAUGGGAAAUGGGGGGGGGGAGGGGGGAGGCUGCACUCCCAGCCACAGGGGAUUGUUAGGAUUUUUCUACAUUCUGUAUAUUUCUUCUCAAACCCCCAAUGUCCUUAAAUGUUUAAUAAACACUGACAUUUCCAGAAGUACUGCCUCCAGCUCCAGUUUCCUCAGUCUCCUGGGGAUAUCCCUGCCCCAGUUUCCAUCCCCAACCUCCUGCUUUCUCCCACUCCUCUCCCUCAGCAACUGGUUUCAGUUCAGACUUUGGCUCUAUGGUAUGGACUUCCGUGGUGUAGUGGAAAGAACUCUGAAAUCAGCUGACGAGUCAUUGAACAAAAAUCCCGCGGGUUUAUACUCUGGGCUAAACCGUGUGUCAGGCUCCGCAUUUACGUGGGUUAAAACAGAGACUCCCUCUUUACCAGGAUCUGAAUUUUGAAAAUAUGUCAGCCACUCACUCGCUGUGUGACCCAGGGCUAGUUAUUUGACUUUGCUAAGCCUGUUUCUGUAUUUAUAAACUCCGAUGAUACUUGUCCUGCUUAAUCCCCAGGAUUUUUAUGAGACCCAAAUGAGAUCCUGUAUAUGGAAGCCUUUGUAAAUGAUAAAUUGAUGUGCAACUAAGAUAUUAAGAAUCAGUCCUUUAGAGAUAUUUCUACGUCUUGUUGAAAGGAUUACACUUUACGAACUAGUAUAAAUUCCA